GGACAUUAUCAACCACUUGCUCAGCAACCACUGUUACCUCAGAUUACGGAUCAAAGAGCAUCAUGGAUUCGACAAAUCCUAAAGUUAUUAUUCUCUCGUUUCUCAAAAAUUAUUGGAGAGUUCAUGGUGCAGUUCAAGGCGGCUAUUUGGGACAAUCCUAUGGAAACGGCCAAAAUUUGUGUGCCAGCCGUAAUCUAUACUUUCCAAAAUAAUCUCUAUUAUAUUGCACUAUCGCAUCUUGAAGCAGCAACCGUUUGUCUGGUGUAUCAGUUCAAAAUUUUCACGACGGCCAUACUUCUUUGUGUGAUGUUGAAGAAACGUUUGACAAAACAACAGUGGUUAGCAUUGGUGUUGAUGGCCAUCGGUGUAGCGAAUGUUCAACUUCAAUAUGAACCACCGAAAUCGACGAAUCGUAUUCAGCAAUAUCCUGCUAUUGGUUUUUUAUGUGUCAUUUCGAUGUGUUUCACGUCUGCUUUCGCUGGUGACGAUGUGAAUAUAUGGAUGCAAAACAUACGUCUCUCUUUAAUCAGUAUUCCAAUAAGUGCCGUUUCGGUU